UCUUCCUAUCGAUUUCCCCCAAAGCCCGCAACUGAAUUCACUGCAUACAAUCAGAACUAAGUAUUUGUCGUUCUAGCGUGUUAUUAUUACAGUUUUUUAGUGUUAGGCACUUAAAUUAAGUAACAAAUACCCCUCAAUAUUCUUAACUUGUUAAAUAUACUAACGGUGUUUUGAAGACGUAGAUGUAAUAUAGGUUAAGUUGUUAUUGCCAAGUUGAACUGUCAGAAACUGGUGUGAUAAGGUCACGAUAAGGUUAUAAACAUGGAAAAUUCUAUGGGAAGUGGACUGCAUCGACGGCAUUUUAUAAGCAACCAUGUAGAUGACAUCCCCAUGGACACAAUUCGUCUAGUCUCCCCUAUAAACAGGUUUGCGAUAUUGCAAGGGAAUUUCAGCAAUGACGAGAAUGAUUAUCCCGAAAAACCCUACAAAUUAAGGACAAAGCUACUAAUAUCAGGAUUAGUGAUUCUGAUAUUGGUGUCGGCUUUGAGCGGGUAUCUGAUCGGCAAAGCAGACUACAAUGCGUGGAAGUUAGCCGAGCCGCCAGAUCCAGUGUAUCCUUUGCCACCGUCGCCAUCUUGGCUCCACACCUUCAAGAGGGCGGCGGUCUGCACAGACGCUCCUCAAUGCUCAGAAAUAGGAAGACACAUUCUCUCAAUAAAUGGGUCGGCGGUGGACGCGACGAUCGCCGCCAUGUUCUGCAACGGCCUCCACAACCAGCAGAGCAUGGGGCUCGGCGGAGGGUUCUUCAUGACGGUCUACAUCAAGGAGGAGGAGAAAGCCUACACUGUGAUAGCUAGGGAGAAGGCACCAGCUGCUGCUUCGAAGGACAUGUUCAAUGGGAACUUCGAUAAAGCAUCUAAAGGUCCUCUCUCCGUGGGUGUGCCUGGUGAACUGCGGGGUAUGUGGGCUGCCCACAAACGCUGGGGCAAGCUGCCCUGGGAAAGCCUCGUGAAACCCACGCUAGAUUUCUGCAAAUACGGUUUCACUAUGUCCAAAGCCUUGCACGAUGGCUUGGAACUCAAUCCGUAUGUCAAAAACGAUCCUCAUUUAAGGAAGAUGUACUACAACUCUUCAAAGGACAAGUUCCAUAGGCCGGGCACGCUGGUCAAACCCUCGGAGGCUUUAUGCAACACGCUCAGAAUCAUCGCCGAGAAGGGAGGAGACGAGCUUUACAACGGAACUCUUGCCAUUGACUUCUUGGAGGACCUCGACCGAGUCGGCAGCAUCAUCACGGCUGAAGACCUUAGGAACUACCAACCGAAAAUCACAGAUCCAAUAGCAGUUCCUCUCAGCAACGGCGAUAUCCUCUACACACCUCCGCCUCCAAGCAGCGGCGCUAUCCUCGUCAACAUCCUGAACACCCUCAGCGGGUACAACUUCACAGCGGACAGCAUCAACGGCACGGAUAACACCAUACUGACCUAUCACAGGACGUUAGAAGCCUUCAAGUAUGCCUACGCAGCAAGGACCAAGUUGGGAGAUGUCGAUUUCUUGGAUUUGAAUGAGUUCCUCAAAAACAUAACAGCGCCAGAACACGGCGUAGAGAUCAGACUGAGGAUCAACGACACCACAACCAGCAACGACACCAGUUACUACGGCGCUAAGGAGUACAACAAGGCGGAUUCAGGAACCGCUCACAUCUCGGUCAUCGCUGAUAACGGCGACGCGGUGUCCAUGACCAGCUCUAUUAACUUUUACUUUGGAGCAGGCUUCACCACCCUCAACACGGGUAUAGUCAUGAACAACGUAAUGGACGACUUCUCAUCGCCCGGCUUCGCGAACUACUUCGGCGUGAAGCCCUCUGAAGCGAACUUCAUCGCGCCAGGCAAGAGGCCGCUGUCCUCAAUGAGCCCCAGCAUCAUCGUGGAUAGGCACACCAACGCGAAGCUUGUCAUUGGCGCUUCUGGUGGGACUAAGAUUGUGACGGCUAUUGCUCUGGUAACAAUGCGCAAAUUAUGGUUCGGUCAGACGAUCAAGCAGGCUGUGGAUGAAGCCCGCAUACACCACCAGAUAUUCCCUAUGAACGCACAAUAUGAAUUUGGAAUAACUGAGGACGUAGUGCAAGGUCUACGUGCAAAAGGACACGGCAUGGAGCGGUACCGUGGCAGGGGAUCCAUCAUUUGCGCCCUCUAUCGGAACAAAACUGCGAUCUACGCAAACGCUGACUUCAGGAAAGGUGGCGAUGUAGCUGGCAUGGAUUAAAACUACCCUACUACUGGAUGUAGCCACUGCACUGCGUUUUGAAAUACAGUAUGACAAGGAUCUUUUGGCACUUGAAUGUCAUUGACAGGGGGGCAUAGUUGUAGAACAAAGACUGCCAGCAA